UCUCCGCCUGCCUUCCCAAAGCAGGCAGUCCUUUGCCAGACUGCAGAAGCCAAGCGGCCACGGCGCAGGACUCCUGGAGAGGGACGGGGCUCCUUCUUCUUCCCCGCCUCCCCGCCUCCCUCCCGGGCUCAUUCCUCGGGAAACGAGGGGCAGGGAAGACCCGAAAGGAGAAGGCAUUGGAAGCCCCGACUGGAGGCAAAGUCUUUGCGCAAAAGCCGCCAGAGGCAUUGGGGCGAGUGCGCGCCGGAGAGACGCGCGUGUCGGCUUUCCCACAUCCCUUCCUCCGACAAUUCUUCUUCCCCAGAGCAAGAAGAGAACUCCCUAUUCCUCGUGGGAGUGGAUUUGGGAAGAUUGAGGAGGAAAAGAAGAGCCCGCCAGGCAGAAACCAUGACGAGGGCGUUGGGGCGCAAUUGUGCCGACCUUCUGAAGAUGGGGAAAAGGAGCCAAAGGGGCUCCAGGGCUCCGGGCCUGCAGGGAGGGUGGCCAAGGGCUGCUGGUGGCCCCUUUGGCCAAUAGCGAGAGGAAGAGGCGGAGGAGGAGGAGGAGGAGAAGCCAGGCAGAGGCGCAGAGAGAGUGCCAAGGAUCGGCUGGGAGAGAAAGGAGAGCAGCCCGAACAGAAGCCGAAAAGCCUCCAAGGGGCGAAGGGAGGCAGACCCGGACCUAGCCAUGGUGCCUUCACACUUUGGGGUCUUCUAGGCGAGGAUGAGGAAGGCUGGCCUCGCUUUCCCCCAACUGGGAUCCGUGCGGAGCUUCCUUAGGAUCCAAGCGCAGGGCUCGCGGGGUUUUGAUUGGCUCUCCUCUCCGGUUUAGAGGAUCCCUUUCUCUCUCUCUCUCUCUUUCUUUCUCUCCGCCUCAAGCAGCUGGUCCACCCACUGGAUCGCGUCCAGAGCCUUCUCAUCCCUUUUUAGGAGGACUCUUCUUUCCUUCUUCUGCUGCUCCAGGCGCCGGAGGAAAGUCCCAAGGCUUCCAAGACCAGCACGAGGAUGGUUCCUCCCCCGCCCAUCAACAAACCCCACGUCUGCCUAUCCACCACACUCAUCAUGAGUAGCAUGGUGCUGAUGGACGCCUAUUUGGUGGAACAAAACCAAGGCUCCAGGAAAUUGGGCAUUUGCAUCAUGGUCUCGGUUGGAGACAUCUGCUUCCUGAUUAUACUGAGGUAUGUGGCAGUUUGGGUUGGGGCCGAGGUGAGGACAGCCAAGCGAGGCUAUGCCAUGAUCCUUUGGUUCCUGUACGUCUUUGUCCUGGAGAUCAAAGUCUACUUCAUCUAUCAGAACUAUAAGGCAGACCGUAAAAGUUUGGACCUCAUGGCCCGCAAGGCAUUGACUCUUCUGCUGUCCAUCUGCAUCCCAGCACUCUAUGUGCUGCUGGUGGCGACAGAGCACAUGGAGUAUGUCAGGACGUUCAAGAAGAAGGAGGACCUUCGUAACCGUCUCUUCUGGGUCAUUGUUGAUAUGCUGGAUGUGCUGGAUAUCCAGGCUAACCUCUGGGAGCCCCAGAAGAAAGGGCUUCCCAUUUGGGCUGAAGGCCUGAUGUUCUUCUAUUGCUACAUCUUGCUCUUGGUCCUCCCAUGUGUCUCACUUUGCGAAAUAAGCAUGCAAGGGAUCAGCAUCGUGCCACACCGCAUGAUGCUCUACCCAAUGCUGAGCAUGCUCACCAUCAACAUCACCACCAUCUUCAUUCGAGGGAGUAACAUGGUGUUCUUCAAGGACAUUCGUGUCUCCGGUAUCUUCAUGGGGAAGAAUGUGUUGGCCAUUGCUCUCAAGAUCUGCAUGUUUGUGCAGUACAGGAAGCACUUGCACCACACGCCGGCAGGAUCUGGCACUGCAGACCCACAACCACAUAACACCACUUCCCAGCAGCAGCCUGUCAUGCAUCUCUUGAAACCCCAGAACCAGACUCCCUGCCCAGAGGGACUGGGCCAGGAGAACACAUGACACAUUGUGUUUCCACACACUGGGCAACAAGUAAUACCUUCUGUCUGUGAUCCUUAGGAUCAGAUGCAGAGAAGGACUAAGGAGUCUCUACUGAGCCCCAUGGAGUCAGUGCUGCUCCUUCCAGAAAGUUUGUGAGUGACCCUCUUCCCUUCCUCCCGUUGCACAGAUAUGCUGCUGGAAUUUGGAAUUUCCUUGGGCUGAGAUAAGGACAGUGGUGGAGUGAGACAAGACAAACUGCAAUGUUGGUGCCAAGGUGCGAAUGAGCAGACCAUAAAGUCCAGAUAGGUGGAUCCAUGAAGUGGAGCAGCUCCAGGAUCAAAAUCAGCUCAGUGGAUAACAGUGAGGAAUAAGGUGACUAACAAAACUGAGUCAGCUGUUGAAUCAACUCUAAGUUGUUUUGAGCUUCAUGAGUUGUUUGAGUCAACUAGUAGCUAAUUCUGCUACCUGCAAUACAUCUGGAAAUAUGAGGAAAGCAUCUAUUCUACACCUGUUGGAUACAUAUGGUUUUACAAUUUUGGUGACCUCUCUUUCUGGGAUGGUUGGAGAAAGUUGUGUCUGCUGCUUGCCCCAUUAAAUUCCUGGGGACUGUCUGGGAUGAGGGCAUAGGGCUUGCAUCCGUUUCAGACCCACCUUGAGUUCCAGUGUGGAAACAUGCUGGUUCAUGAUCCCCCGUUCCAGUUUUGCCCCUCCCCCCAUCACUUUUCUUCUCUUUUCAAUAAAGUGAAGGCCAAGCCUUAACAUUUUUUUCUCUCGUGUCUUUAUGCAGUGAUCUUUUGGGCUCUCACCUUUUUUCUUUUUCAGUUGUGAUAUUUGAUCUAAUGUUGACCUGGAGUGUGAGGCGGAUGCAAGUUUCGGCUGCAUUAAACAAAAAUAAUGGAGGGGCUGAAAACAGCAUUCAUUUGUCACCACAGGGAUCAUGUUACUGCUCAGUUCCAAACCCUUUCCUGUAAGAACAAAGUCUACCUAAUAUAUAGUUUAAAAUUAAUCUUUGGAAAUUCUGUGUGCAUCCAUUUGAGGCACUGGGGAUGCAAACCUAUUCUGACCAAAUUAAGGAGCAGGUGCAGCCAUUCUUUCUGCACAGUAUGCUCAACCUGAGAGGGUUCUUGUAAUUUGGUAGCCUGGUCUCAGAGAAUAGAAGGAGAAAAUUGGCAAGGUGAUCCUCUUUUCCCACUGCAGGAAGCUUCAAAUUGCUGAACUUUGUAUACAGAUGUAGGUAAAGAAGAAAAUAUGAGGCUCCAGCAUCUGUUUCUCUCUCUUCCUGUUCAUUAUUUUUAUUUAGCUUUAAUUCUGUACCUGUAGCCAGAUCCUGCACAUUUUAUGCCAUCUAACUUAGACCACAUCUACACUGUAGACUUAAUAGUUUGAUACAACCUCAUUUGCCAUGGCUCAAUGUUAUAGAAUCCUGGGAUAUGUAAUUUAUGUGGCGUAAUGUAAAAUAAACCAUGUGUACUUCA